AUGCAAAAAUCAAAUAGUCUGAACAAUUCUUCAUAUUAUGGUGUUAACUUAUUUACUAUUUUAGCUUCAAAUCAUACUAACAAGUGUGAAUUGAAGGAAGACAAAAUUAGCUUAAAUGAAGAAGAAUAUACUUCAAAUAAUAACAAGUGUGAAUUGGAGGAAGAUAAAAUUAGCUCAAAUGAGGAAGAAUAUAAUACAAAAACAACAAUAGUUGUUGAGCAAAAUUAUGAUACAAAAAAGGAUAUUCUUAAUAUUGCUCAAAAGAAUGCAAAAAAUUUUGGGUUUGCUGUCUUAACUAAAAGUAGCAGUUCUCGUUAUCUUUACAUCCAAUGCAAAUGUAGUGAUCAGCCUAAAAAUUGUUGGGAUUUAACAAUAGAUAAAUGA